CCUCUCAAAAGGUCAUCAAAAAAGGAAAACCAACACGGUAGCCGACUCUCUCUACCGAGGCCCCGACAUUAUUGAUAGUAAUUGAAAUUCACAUCUCUCGUUGCUCUCCAUCUCUCCGAAACGCCAACAAAGACUAAACCAAAAAAGAAAAAAAAAACCUAACCCUAGAUUUUGAGCACCUCGACCUCAAUGGCCAGCGAAUCCCAUGACUCGCGUCGCAAGCACCGUCGUUCUUCUUCAGACGAUGACGAAGCCGAGAAGUCAUCGAAGCGCCACAAGCAUCGUCACCACCACCACCGUCACCGCCACCGUAGCAAGAAACACGACGAGGAAUCCAAACCCGAGGGUGAGGAUACCAAUCCCACUCCUCUUCCUCUUCCUACUGUUGCUAACAAUUCUCAGCUCGAGGACGAUGUGGAGGAGGGUGAGAUUCUCGAAGACGAGGGUUUCGGUGGUGGCGAGAUUGCGAAGAAGAAAUUCGAGUCCGACGAUGAGGCUGGGGAAAUCGCGGCCGUUCAUGUUCGCGAUGAAUCUGAUAAGCUAAAUCUGGGACAUUGUGCUGAGCAUCGAUCAUCUGAUCGUGAAGCUAGUCUUCACAUGGAAGAGAGUGUGGGGAACAAGGGUACAAAUUCAAAGACUUUUGGAGAUGACAAGAGUGAAGAUGAUUUAAUGAUUAAUUCCAAAUUAGAUAAGGAAGACAAAACAUACCACCAGCACCAUGAGGUUGGCUUUUUAAGAAAUACAUGUGUUGAACCUCAAGAUGAAUCUAGAGUAAACUCAAAGGGUCACGUCAAUGGGGAUUUGGGUCACGAGUCUAGAAAAGAGGAAAAGAAGUGGCUGAGGGAAUCUAGGUCCCCUUCUAAAGGAAUUGGUAAGCUGAAGAGUUACUAUGAUGAUGAAAAGAUUGAGGUUGAAGAAAGCAUAUUGAGCAAUCAUAGAAAGUCUUCUUCUCAUAGCACAGAGGACCGUGGCGAAGUCCAUACUAGGAGCAGAUCUAGAUCAAUUGGUGCUAGGGAGAGAUCUCGUUCCCGUAGCAUGAGAGAAGAGGAGGCUCAUUCAAAAAGAAGACGUUAUCAUGAUUCUGAUGCCUCAUUAUAUGUUGAUAAGGGCAAGUUUGAGUAUGACUCUGACUAUGAAAGAAAGGUUCGACGGAGUAGGGAUGGACGACAUGGUAGUAGAGAUUUGGUAAGAGAUGAGGAAAGGGACCGUAGUAUUAGUCAUAGUAGAUAUAUUGGAGGAGAGGAUUGGUAUCGUAAUCGGGCUGCACAUGACAGGGAGAGGAGCAUGGACAGGGAUAUGGAUAAGGACGUGAGACGGGAAAAGGAAAGGGUUAGGGAUAGUGAGAUAGACAGGGCUCAGAGAAGGGACAGGGACAGGGACAGGGACAGAGGUGGGAGUAGGGACAGGGCCAGAGAUAUGGACAGGAAAAGGGAUAUGGAGCGAGAUAGGAACAAGGAAAGAGAGGUGGGCAGGGAUAGGAGAAGGGAGAAGGAAAGAGAUAAAAACUGGGAUAAAGAGGUGGAUAGAGAUGGGAAAAGGGAGAAGGAAAGUGAUAGGAGCAGGGCUAGUGAAAGAGAUAGAGAUAGGGAUAGAGAAAGGGAGAAGGAUAGGGACAAAGGGAGGGAGAAUGAGAGGGAGAGGAGAGAUGAUAGAAGUAGGAAUAAGGAUAGAGGUAUUGUAAAUGAUUGGGAGAAGUAUGAAAAUCUUGAAGAUGGCUAUGACAAUGGAAGAUAUAAACAUUCUAGGCGCUCAAGACAUGAUGAAAAAGAAUACAACCAGGAUAGAACAAGAAAAAGUGAUCCAGAAAAGGUUCCUAGUUUUAAGAGCAAUCCAUUGGAAGGAUAUAGAGACAAACAAAAAAGAGAUGAAGAUGAUCAUGGAGACUACGAAGAAGCGACUGCAUUGCAAUUUGCUGAGCAGGAAGAGGAGGAUCUCAACAGAAUCAAGGAGGAGAGUCGAAGGCGAAGGCAAGCCAUCCUAGAAAAAUAUAAGAGUCAGCAGCCACAGCAACCAAAUGAACCACAGUCAGAAGAUGUUAAGAAAGAUAAGGAGCCUGCACAUGAUCCUGAUAAAUCAAUAGCUGCUAAUAAUGUUGUUCCAGAAGUUGGUGAUGGUCGGAAUGAUGUUGUAGAUGACUAUGUUGCUGAACCAUCAUUUUCUGUUGGGAAAUCACCCCCACAGAAUGGAGUUGCUGCUUUCGAGAAGACUUCUGGUGCUGGAGGCCUUGGCGAGGGUACUCCUAAGAGUGAGAGGUCAGAUGACAAGUUCUGUGAUGAUAUUUUUGGUGAGACCCCAACAGGAGUCCGCAAAUCUGGAAAAGGUGAUGGUUUACGAAUAGAAAGGAGUGGUCUUCAUGACAACUGGGAUGAUGCAGAAGGGUAUUAUAGCUACCGGUUUGGUGAAACACUUGAUGGGCGAUAUGAAGUUAUUGCUGCUCAUGGGAAAGGUGUCUUUUCUACUGUAGUUCGUGCAAAGAAUCUUAAGGCUGGUAAUGGUGAACCAGAGGAAGUAGCCAUAAAAAUUAUACGCAGUAAUGAUACAAUGUACAAGACUGGUUUGGAGGAGCUGGUCAUAUUAAAGAAACUAGUUGGUGCAGAUCCAGAUGACAAGCGCCAUUGUGUUCGGUUUCUUUCAAGUUUCAAGUACCGGAAUCAUCUUUGUCUAGUUUUUGAAUCUCUUCAUAUGAAUUUGCGAGAGGUUUUAAAGAAGUUUGGACGCAAUAUUGGCCUGAAGCUAACUGCUGUGAGAGCAUAUGCAAAGCAACUUUUUAUUGCACUGAAACAUCUUAGAAAUUGUGGUGUUCUUCAUUGUGAUAUAAAGCCGGAUAAUAUGCUUGUAAAUGAGGCAAAAAAUGUGCUGAAGCUUUGUGACUUUGGCAAUGCGAUGUUUGCCGGUAAAAAUGAAAUUACACCAUACCUUGUAAGCCGCUUUUAUCGUGCCCCUGAAAUAAUUCUUGGUUUGACUUAUGAUCAUCCAAUGGAUAUGUGGUCUGUGGGUUGCUGUUUGUAUGAGCUAUAUACAGGAAAGGUUCUCUUUCCAGGUCCUACAAACAAUGACAUGCUACGACUUCACAUGGAAUUGAAAGGCCCUUUCCCAAAGAAGAUGCUCCGGAAGGGAGCAUUUACUGAUCAGCAUUUUGAUCAUGACCUGAAUUUUCAUGCUACGGAAGAGGAUCCUGUCACAAAAAAGACUAUAAAGCGGAUGAUUUUUAACAUAAAGCCAAAAGAUAUUGGAUCUAUUGUUGUGGGCUCUCCUGGUGAGGAUCCAAAGAUGUUAGCCAAUUUUAAAGAUCUUCUAGAAAAAGUUUUUGUGUUGGAUCCAGACAAGAGGAUGACAGUGUCACAAGCAUUGACCCAUCCGUUCAUCACGGGCAAGUGAACCAUGUUGCUGAUUUUAUGACUCCAGAAAUGCUGUUCCGCUAGAUAUUUGUACAUUAUGAUCUAAUUCAUUUUCAGUUUCUAAUUACUGGGCAUUAUCUGUCUUCUCUGUGAUGGCCUAAGAGCUUUCAACACAGUUUUGGCAUGGUUGAAGUCAAAAGGGGGUGAUGUUUGGUCUGGAGGACUCUUUACUGGCGGGUUCUUUCAGUGGAUUGUACUGUUUCUAUCGAUGUCUGCCACUGCUUUGAGGCAACCCUCCAGUGCUUAGAUGCUUAAAAGGCACCCAGGAGAAGGCAAUUGCACUGGAGUCUACGGCUGCAGGCUUGAUGAACACAAAUAUAUCAGGUUAUGACUCCCAUGCUCAUGCAAUUCUUGUAUGUAUUUUCUAAUCCACUUUCUUGUUCAUCUUUGUUUGUUUUGAUACCAUGAUUGGUUUCUGAUGUUUGUUUUAAUGUGAUAUUAAAGUUUUGGUUUAUGGCAUGUCCCCUUCUAGAUAUUUGGCAAGCUCUGUAGAUUAUAUUUUAUGUGGGUUUAGAUGUGGUUUAUGGCAUGUUCCUUUUGAUCCUUGACUCAUGCUUAAAAUAUAUAAUAGUGAAUUUGUAAAAGAAGAUUAAUAAUGAAUAAGAAAUUGCUAAAAGUGAUUUUUUUUUUUUUUAAAUGGUUACUCAAAAAAUAUUGUGCAAAACGGUUUUUUUAAAACUCCAAAAAUGAUGUUUCCAAGAAGUUUAUAAGAAAAUCUGGUAGCGAAUUUGUAAAUUAGUGAAAGUCACUCUUCAACACCUGAUAACCACAUUUCUUCUUUUCUUCUUUUUCUUCACGCUGUAAGACAUGCACUCUUCCAUUGAAUUCCCUUUUGGAAAGGCUGCGAUUGUUAGUGGGGAAAGCCCAAGGCAAGGUCUUUAUUUUUAUUUUUUUGUGGGGGAGGGGGGGCAAUGAGGAGCACAAAAGUGAUUGGGAACAAUGGUUCCUCCAGGCCCAAACUAGCCACAUAACGGUGGACUUGGGAGUGACAAGAGGAGCUAGACUUUUGAGGCAAAAGUGACAAAGACUGAUACUGUGGACUGUGAGUUUGAGAUUGGUGAGUAGACUUUGAAUUUGGCAUCAUUGGAGGAUUUAUUGGCUUCUCUGGAAUUGUUGGCCAAGAUUUCUUGCUUGCAAGGGCCUUGGGGUUGCCUCAACUUCUUUCCGUGCAUCGCCUUGGAAAUCUAUUUUGAUCUCUUCCUGAUCUGAGGAUGAGGACUUGGAUGAUGAUUUGAGCGGCCCCAGUUUUGGUCCAUUGGGCUUCUACAAUGGCAGAGAACCUCGUCAGUAAUCACAAACCAAAUUCACCCCAAAUUGAAAAAAGAAAUAAAAAAAAUUAAAGAGGAAGAAAUGAAAGAUUGGAAUGCAAGACUCAACCAUCUUCCGCACUGUUUCAUGGAAAAAAAACAGCAAGGUUGGUGUUGUCGCCAUUGACACAAGGUUGGUUCUCACUGGCAAUGUCAAAACUGAGACUCGCCAACUUCACCCAAAUUAUUCUUGGUGUUAAUUGUACAAAUCCACCCUAAACUAUGGGGUUCUUGCACUUAACAUCCCAAACUAUGAAAAAUUGCAUUCACUGCAAUUAUAACAAAGCUUGCAAAUUGCAACCUGUAGUCAAAUUUACUAUUAAACAAACAGUCAUGUGCAAGUAACAUGAUUGUAAAAAAAUUAGGCUCUGGCUGCUCUGUUGCCUCCUUCUAGUUCCUGUUCACCUACAUCCUCUGUCACGUUAAUGGUUCUGGCCACACCGUUUGGAUUUCCUCCACUGCUGCUCUUGACAUCUCCUCUGCCUCCCUUGAUGACUUCUACAUCCUCAUCCUUAAUGAUCUUUAUCAAUACCAGUUUGUCCAGUGGGGCUAUCCUGGCAUAUAGUAAUGAUUACCUUGAAAAGAAUGAUGUAUUGAGGAAUUUUUGAGCUUAGAUAAUGAUAGGAAUUUGAGGAUUUAUAGCUUGGGAGUGGGGCUUAAACUGCCAGAUGCUCUCAAUAUCUCUAUGCAUGCUGUGCUGCUAUCAGGAGUCAGUCAGGAAGUUAGUUUGGUCCACUGUCACCAGGCCCGUGUCACUUGGUCCCUAAUUGGGUUUAGAAAGUCAGGAUUUUUUUUAAGGGAGUUGAGGUCUAAUUUCUGAAAGAGAUGGCUGGGAAAUUUGGUUUGUUUGGGAAAUUAGUAAGUGUUAUUUA